UCGAAAACGAAUAUUUAAGACACAGUCAUCAAUUUCGAAUUCAGUUUGACUGAAAUUGUGGAGAAUGGAGCAUCGUUUGAUCUUCUUGUCCAUUCUGUGUGGGCAUCUUUUGUAUUCGGGGAAUUGUUCGGCACCUAUUCAAAGUAGUGCCAAUGUGGCGCCAUUUCUCACCUAUCUUUGUGACGAUGAUUUAUUGAAGACCGCGGUCAAUAAGAUGGAGUUCUUGAGCCUCAAAUUAGAGAAUUAUAAUCUGCAUAUUCAAAGUGAAUUAAUGGCAAUGAAGGAGCAGCUUCUUCGUGAAAUAAAGGAAAUAAAGAAAAAUCAGGAAUCUGUGCCACCUGCAGCCAAGAAACCAGCAUCGUGUACCGAGGCGAUGCGUCAAGAAAACGGGAAAUAUGCGGAGAAUGGCGUUUAUGAACUUUAUCUACCUGAAUUUCUUCAUCACCCUUUCAAUGUUUAUUGUCUUCGUGAUCCUGAUGGCGGUGAACCAUGGGCUAUAAUUCAACGUCGUCAAAGCAACGACACCGACUUCUAUCGCGAGUUGGUUGAGUAUGAACACGGUUUCGGCAACUUGAAUGCCAAUUUCUUUCUCGGCUUGAAUAAAAUACAUGCAUUGACUCAUUCGCGAGCCCAUGAGCUUUGGUUUCAAUUGGAGGAUUUUGAAAAUGAGAAGCGUGUUGCUAAGUACGAUUUUUUCGAUAUAGGUAACGCUCAAGAUAGGUAUGAGUUAAUUACGCUUGGACAAUAUUCAGGCACGGCCGGUGACUCGUUCUCUGCCCAACGUGGCGCAAAAUUUACCACUAAAGAUUAUGGUCAUGACAAACAUUAUAACUGUGCAGUACUAUCUAGAGGAGCUUGGUGGUACUCGUAUAAUAGUUGUUAUAACAGCAAUCUGAAUGGUUUAUAUUUAGGAGGAGAAUAUCCAAAAACUCAGAAAGGUAGAGGCGUAGUGUGGAAUGCCUGGCGUGGAAAUUAUUACUCCCUCAAAUAUGUACAUAUGGCUAUAAGACCAAAGUAUUAUCACUGAGAUGAUUGUUUGAAAACCUUAGGCUCCAUUUAGUUUUAAACAUUGCUAACGUUAAAGCUGUUGAAACUAAUUUAACUUAGCAUAAUGUUUUACAAAACCUUGCAUAUUCUAUUUAGCAACAAAUAGUACA